AAUUUUCUAUAACUUUGAGAGCGCCCUAAAUCCUGCUCAAAGUUCACAGACGACAGAAAUUGCACUUCCAGGAUUUAAAUCACAUCCCGACAUUCUCAUACAAUAUUUUUCACCCAACCCCACUUCAAACUAUCCUGUUCGUCUGGUGGAAUCAAAAACUUCAAUCCUUAUUAAGAGCCAACUAUGUAUAAUUUUUAUUGUAGACAGUGAUAAAAAGUGA